AUGUCGCAUUCUCCUCUAGAAUAUUGUGGAAUCUCCAAUGCUAAUGAGAUUUUAAUAAUAACAUGGAUCACUUACAUAGAGAUGUAUGCAUUGACAUACGAAAGGAGGGCCACAGAAAAGAAGGGUCAAGCAAUGGAAACAAGAGAAGAGAAGAGGAGGAUAGUGUUGGUUCCAUUUCCAGCACAAGGACAUAUAACUCCAAUGAUUCAACUCGGUCAAGCCCUUAACUUGAAAGGCUUCUCAAUUGCAGUUGCUCAGGGAGAAUCCAAUAAAGUAAGCUCUUCUCAACACUUCCCUGGAUUUCAAUUUGUCACCAUACCAGAAUCUGUACCGGUGUCUCAACACGAGACACUCGGACUAGUUGAGUUUCUGAUGAAGCUCAACAAAACCAGUGAGUCAAGCUUCAAGAACUGUAUAUCUCAUUUGUUGCUACAACAAGGCAAUGAUGAUAUCGCAUGUAUCAUCUAUGACGAGCUCAUGUACUUCUCUGAAGCUGCAGCUAAAGAGUUCAAGAUCCCUAGUGUUGUAUUCAGCACUGGCAGUGCUACGAAUCAUGCUUGUGGGUAUGUUUUAAGCAAACUCAAUGUAGAGAAUUUCUUACUCGACAUUGAAGAUCCUGAAAUGCAAGAAAAGGUGGUGGAUGGUUUAGAUCCAUUAAGAUACAAAGACCUACCUGUUUCAGGAAUGGGACCACUGGAUCGAUUCUUGGAGAUCUGUAGGGAAGUAUUUAACAAAAGAACAGCUUCAAGUGUUAUCAUCAACACGACGAGCUGCCUAGAGAGCUCGUCUCUGUCAAGGCUGGAACAAGAACUCAAGAUUCCAGUGUACCCAUUAGGCCCUCUUCACAUUAAAUCUUCAGUAGAUUCUAGUUUACUAGAAGAAGACAGGAGCUGCAUUGAAUGGCUGAACAAGCAGAAGUCGAAGUCAGUCAUAUACAUAAGCUUGGGAAGCAUAGCUCACAUCGAAACCAAGGAAGUUUUGGAGAUGGCUUGGGGAUUGUAUGAUAGCAACCAGCCUUUCUUAUGGGUCAUUCGACCUGGCUCUGUCCCUGGCUCUGAGCCAUUGCCAGAGGAAUUGAGUAAGAUGGUCUCUGAAAGAGGAUACAUAGUGAAAUGGGCACCACAGAGUGAAGUGCUUGCUCACCCUUCAGUGGGAGGCUUCUGGAGCCACUGUGGAUGGAACUCAACGCUCGAGAGCAUUGUGGAAGGAGUUCCAAUGAUUUGCAGACCUUUGAACGGUGAGCAGAAGUUAAACGCAAUUUAUAUAGAGCGUGUUUGGAGAAUUGGGAUUCAGUUUAAGGGUGAAGUGAAAAGAGGAGGGGUCGAGAGAGCUGUGAAGAAGUUGAUGAUGGAUGAUGAAGGUGCAUACAUGAGAAAGAGAUCCCUUAGUUUGAAAGAGAAGGUAAAAGCCUCGGUAAGAAGUGGAGGCUCCUCAUACAAUGCAUUGGAGGAGCUUGUCGAGUACCUGAAAACAAAGUAGAGAUGAUGAACUUUGCUUUUAAAGAUAGAGGCUCUAUUUUCUGAAUUUACAAGAUCAUUCAUGUUGGUAACUCAAGAACCUAUUUGAAAAUAGAGGAAAUAUCUGGUGGCUCUACAACACAAUGGAAGGUUAUCAUUAUAAAAAUUGAAUGAGGAAUACUUAAUUAGUUAAUGGGAAAAAUGGCAUUUAAAUGCCCAACUUUCAAAUUUCAACCAAUUUAGGCAUAGCCUUUUGCCUCGCC